AUGCUGAAAUAUCCGGACGCUGUUCAAGAGUACGUGUCUAAAGAGCUCUCGAAAGGCCGAUGCUCGGGCCCUUUCUCAAAAACCGAUGUUGAACGGAUUCUUCGCGGCCCAUUUGUCAGCUCCCCGCUUCUUGUCUCAGCAAGCUCUCAAGGCCCUGGUCUUCCGGAGAAGUUGCGAGUUUGUCGGAACCUUUCAAAAGGCGACACGAAGAACGGGCUCCCGGCCCUCAACACAUUCGUCGACAAGGACCUUUUCCCGACUUGUUUUGAUUUCGCAUAUCAGGUCGAAGAAGUGAUCGCAAAUGUACCCGACGGCACCCUUGCCUGCGCGUUCGACCUCCAGUCUUUCCAUCGAACUGUCCCGGUCCACCCCCUCCACAAGCCCUACCUCGUUUUCGAAUCCGGCGGGCAUUUUUACAUCGACCACGCCCACCCCUUCGGUCUUUCCACGGCGAGCAGCAACGCAGGCCAAGCUGGCGGUGCUUUAGUGAGAAUAUGGGAUCUGCGACUGGGUAAAAACGGCAAAACCAUGCGCUACGAGGACGACAUACCGGUUUUCCGCUUUCCGAGCCCACUCACACAUCACGACGUCCUUAACCUUGUCGACGACCUUCAUGCUCCCUGGCAUCCAGUCAAAUCCGGCUCCGAGUUCACCCCGUCGAUUGUUUUUAUUGGCUUCCUUUGGGAUAUCGCCAACUGGACUGUCUCCCUGCCAGAAGAGAAACGAAUCAAGUACCGACACCGCGUCAAAGAUUUCCUCACACAAAAAACCGUCUCCUUGCAUGACGUCCAACGGAUUCAUGGCACCCUCGUCCACAUCUCCUUUGUACAUCGCGACGGCGCUUCCCGCCUUCCCGCCAUCUCCUCGCUGAUGCACGGCUACAAAAACAGUUUUAUGCUCCGACACGUCUCAAAGGUAGCCCGUACCGCGUUGGAAUGGUGGUUAACCCGGCUCGAUGACCCAUCCGCGCACCCGGCCCAUCCACCCCCUGCCCCUGUUGCAAGAUCUCGGCCUCUUUGUUGA